AUGAGGCUCGUGUUAUUUUUGUGUUUGCUGCACCACUACAUUCUUCGUUCGUUAGCAAUUUACAGCAUGUUGGCUAGUAAAAAAAUAUUACCUCCCGUGAGAAACUCGAAUCUAAGUUAUUUUGGUUUCGGUAUCGCCUACGUUACCGAUAAGAAAAGUUUGAUCGUUAGCGCUCCGAUAGAAGACAAUAUCGGGCAGGUUUAUGUUUGUCAAACAAACAACUUCACCUGCGAACCGGUCAAAAGGCAUAUCUUGAGAGAAAAUGAUAAGUACGACCACAAUUACUGGCUCGGCGCAACUGUGGAGGCUGGAUCGACUUUUUUUAUUACUUGCGCUCCAUUACUGGUCCACAACAUGAGAAUAGGCACUGGAUCGACCGGAGGAUGCUUCAUUUCGAAGAACGAUUUCUCAAUUGAAAAACUUUUUCUAAGAAGGGAGAAUUCUCCUAUCAGAACAUUAAAAGGUCUGAUGUCGUCCUACGGUUGGAGUUUAGCGGUUAGUGAUAAAAAUUCUGUUGUAGUCGGAGGACCUGGCAUUUCUAAUGGGAAAACUUUACUGUACAUGACGCCAGAGCCUUCUACUCAACCUGACAUCUUGGACGGUAUGGAUAUGAAUGUCAAUUUCAAUUUCGGGUACAGCGUGACGACAGGAUACUUUGCAACACCUAAGCUUUUAAUGUACGCAGUCAGUAGUACGUACCGCUUAGGGCAGGUUUUAUUUUACGGAGAGCAGUGGAGGUUUUUUAAGCAACUUAAGUUCGAACAACCGAAGACGACUGUCGGGGAGAUGUUUGGCGCUAGUUUGUGUUCGGCUCGUAUCUUCGGCCAACGAUCAGACUUGUUAGUCGGAGCUCCGGGACGAGCGAGCGACAAGGAAUAUAACGUAGGCGCUGUCUACGUUUUUGUUGCCGAAAAACCAAUGGCUCUAAGUUUCAAAAGGAUCAUCACUGGCCGAAAGGAAGGCUCGAUGUUUGGCAGCGCCAUCAUCAAUAUUGGAGACUUGAACGGCGACAGAAAAGACGACAUCGCGAUAGCGGCGCCUUUUGAAAAUGACGGUCGAGGGGCAGUGUAUAUAUAUUGCGGCGCUGAAAUCCUGGGUAGCAAGGAGAAGAAGAAGCCUUUUAAUUUCUUACAAGUGAUCGAAUCGGAAGAGCAUGGAUUCGGCCUAGCGCUUAGUGUUUUGAAAGACUACGAUCAAAAUGGAUGUAACGAAUUGGCUAUUGGUAGUCCAUUCAAUGACACUGUAUACGUUCUACCAUGCUUCGCCUACGUCACUGUGCAGUUGUAUACUGAAUUCCCAGAUUUACAGAAUCAAGUGAUUGAAAACAAAGAUGGAGGUAAAGAGUUCCUUUUCAAGUCUUGCCUGCAUGUUACAUACCCAAAGAAGCCUGCAAAAGCAUAUGCCGAAAUAGAAGUGCAGGUAGAAAUAUCAGGCAAUACGAACGCAUCAUUAAGUAACCCAGGUUCCGAUGGAAAAUACAAAGUGAAAAUCGAGAAAACAAAUGAACAAACUGAACAGAACCUCUGCAAACAGAUCGGUGUCUUUAUGCCGAAGGACGGGCAAUACGACUCGCCGAUAAACGUUAAGAUUACUGCGAAACAAAUAAAUGAUCCUCAGCAUCAAUCGCACUUCGAUCCAUCCCACGUUCGUAUACAUGAAAGCAGUCUUUUGACUCUAGGCCACGAUGUUUGGGCCGCACAAUGCCAAAAUAAAAUGUCUUGUCUACCUGAUAUUAGAUUGAACAUCGUCAAUAUGUUUCCAGAGCCGUAUCUGCUUGGCUCGUCGGAGACGGAGGACAUCAAAAUGGAGAUAAAAAACCACGGCGAGGUGGCAUACAGCGCUUGCCUUAAAGUGGACGUCGUCAACGCGGCCAUUGUGAGAGCCCCUGCUCUCAGCUGCACUAUUAGUCACCACGACUACUCGCUGACAUGUAUCUCACAGAAACCAAUUCAUACAAACGACACAUGGGACUUAGGUAAUAUAUCACUGAAAAUGACACAGGCCACAAAUAAAGACGAAUUUAUAACAAUAAAAGUAAAAGUCUUUGGUAACUGCAAGCUUACUCAGAACUUUACGCUGAUCGAAAAACAAUAUAAGUUAACAAGAGAUCUUGACGACAUAGAAAUUAUAGGGAGAGCCAGCUUAGGAACUAACAUUACAUUGACAGCUGAAGAAAUUAAACUUGAACAGAAAAACUUGGACCAUAUUUAUACAAUAAGGAAUAAAGUAGAGAACCCUUGGAUUGGAGGUCCAACGAUCCAAAUAACUUUUAUGAAUCUUCAGUACCUGCAAUACACGAAAACGCCGAUCAUUGCCCAAACCGAGACAGGAGUCGAACUAGAUUGUGCAAUCAUAAGUACGGACAGCAAAAUAACGACAAAUUGCACGGCGGACAAACUGGUGAAAGGCGACCAGAUUAAUGUGAUUAUACAUAUGAACGUCGAUCCUUCGAAAAUAGAUGACGUGAUGUCCCUUGAGAAUUUAAUCGUAGAGUCGAAGAUUGAAGUAUUCCCAGGCAGUUUAUGGAGUGAGCCUUCCUCGAAGACAAUUUUAUCUCAAAGUGUUGUGACUACUGUUACUAUCGAGAAAACGACGGUAGCCCUCUGGAUCAUAGUUGUGGCAUCGCUGUUGGGUCUACUGCUUCUCAGCAUCAUAUACUGCAUUGUCGUCAAACGAACAAAUCUGUUACGUAGGAAAAAUAAGGAAAAGACAAAGGUUCUAAGAAAGAGUAUUAGAAGGCAAACUAUGAGACGUUCGAUGAUGGCGCAGUCCGCUUACGGAAGACUUCCAGAAGACGAGCCUCGCGCUCUGAGCGUCGUUCAAGAAGAUCUCCAGCUGUGCGAAACGCAAUCGUAAAAGAUAUGAACAGAUAAUUAAUUUUUUCUCCUACCUACGCCGAAAGUUCGGUUUUCGUCCCGCUGUACGGAAAGAAAGUGUAACUUUUCCUCCCUGG